AUGAGCGCCAUCUCGAUGCGCAGUAGUUCUACCCUCGAGUCAGUCAGCCCCUCGCGGCGGCUAGACGCGACCUACGAGCUGCUCGAGACGAGGCUCGGCCGCGGACAGUUCGCCGAGGUGCGGCUCGCGCUCCGCAAGGGGCGGCUCAACGAGCGCGUCGCCGUCAAGCUGCUGCCGCGGGUCAAGGUGCCCGAGGCCAAGCUGGCGCGCGAGCUGGAGGUGCUCCGCGCAGUGUCGGAGCUGCGGCACCCGGCGCUGGUCACGCUGCUCGAUGCGUACCAGACGCCGUCCGAGCUCCAGCUCGUCCUGCAGCUCCUUCCGCGCGGCAGCCUGCUCGACCUCGUCGUCGAGCGGCGCCGGCCGCUCCCCGAGCCGGAGGCGCGGACCAUCGUGCGGCAGGUGGCGAGCGGGCUGGCGGCGCUGCACCGCGCCGGGAUCGUCCAUCGCGACGUCAAGCUGCAGAACGUCCUGCUCGACGAGGAUGGGCAAUGCCGCUCUCCGCGCAUCGACUCGCCUUGCGGCACGCCCGGCUUCAUCGCCCCCGAGAUGCUCGGCGAGAGCGGUUACGACUUUGCCGCCGACGUCUGGGCGCUCGGCGUGGUUGCGUACGUGCUGCUGACGGGCCGGCCGCCCUUCGACAUCCCUCCGGCGCCCGACUCGCCCACAGCGGAGGGCGGUGGCUCCGCCUCGCUCGGCCUGCUCGCCUAG